AUGGACCACCUGCACCUGAAGGAAAUAGGAAAGACUUAUGGAGCUAGUUGGGCACCGACUCGCGCAUGGUUUCAAGGUCUCAUGCCGACGCCUCGAUCAGCCCUCGGUCUCAUUCGACUCUGCGCCGGGGCAAUCACAGCGAGGGCUCCAGCAGAUUUUGUUCGCAUUGAGCAGCAUGGAAGCCGAGCUACGGUCACUACGGAAGCGGGACGGGAGGAUCCAGCGCUACGUUGGUUCACACAAACUUUGAAUGCACACGACGCAUCCACGCAGAUACGAAUGCCUGUGUCCGGAGCCUCAUCUCCUUUCACAUAUUCUCAAGACUUCCACACCGGCAGAAUGCAUUGUGGCGAAGGCGAUUGGCUGUCAGUUUCAGCUCAGAUUGCUAAGGUCUCGGGAGCUACGGCAUCUUUUAAGCUCGAUUUUGAUAAGAAUUCCCCAAAAAGGAUAUUUGCCAAGAUGGAGCCUGUCGCCCGGGAAGUUGCAACACAGCUCCCGAAUUCUGCUGAGGAGGUUGAUCAAGACUUUGUUGAUCAUGUCUCCCAGUCUACGAGGCCAAAUUGUGAUGCCCCGGCGCAUUUGCGAGGGCCGCUCCUUGGCCAACCCAUGCAUGUGCGGCAAGGAUUUGCCAGUGAAGCCGGGCUUUCAAGAACGGAAAAGCCUCCUCGGACAGAAGCCGAGGAGGGACCGCAUAUUUCGCGGAUGUUUGCCCGCUUCAUCCCUCUAAUUAGGCAACUAGAGAGAGAAGAUCGAAGUUCUUCCUGGUUCCAGCGACAGGUUUCCCCAACUAAACCAGGCCUAAUAAUGUUCCACACUGGGUACUCCCCUAUCACGGAUCCCAUAUUCGCAGCAUUUUCAGUGGAUAUGUCGUCAGAAUUCUUCACUUGGACUCACUUUCUCCAACUACUUGAUCCCCCGGAUAUCGUCACUUUCCGCUCUGCUGCACUUCAACCCGGCUGCUAUUCCGUAACCUCCCGGGACGAAAAGAUCUGUUUCCGCCGGUUUCUAGGCUGCUUUUCUCCAAAGAACUACGAGGCGAAACCGGCAAUGAUUGAGCUAUCCCCGCUAGCCAGAUCUGCCCGCUUCGUCGUUAAUGAAACACCGCAAAAUCAUGUCGUCGCUGAAAGCAUCAAUUUUUGGGUCGAGAGCUUUCGUAGCAUGAAGAAAGAUCAACGAAAAACCGGCUGCCUUUUCACCAUCCAGCUCAUCCGCGAAUGCAGCAUGACGCCUAGACGAGAUGGGCGGUUGACCGAUGCUUGA